AUGGGCCCAAGAAGGAUGAACACGUUUGCUGAUCUAGAAGCCAAGUACUCAUUGGGCCAGAAUUUGAAUCAGAACACUGAGUGUAUACCGUGGGUUGAGGCCUAUGAACCACAGAGUGAAGCCGACCUUGUGAUCCAUCGUGACAAGCUUCGGGAGCUUUCUAUGACCAUCAAGGAACUUUUCAGUAGCUCACAGGUGCGCUCAUCUGGCGGUCCGAUUUUAGUGCUCAUCGGACCUUCGGGUUGCGGUAAAACUACCACAAUCAAGGUCUUGUUACGAGCAACCACAGUGAAUGACAGAAAACCUGUUCAGAUUAUCGAAUGGAAUGAUGACUCCCUGGAAGCUGAUGACUUUACUCAGCUGGAACAGUUUGUUUCGCAAGUCAGUCGUUUUGGACCAACCAUUAGAUGCUCUGAUGUUCCCGGGCAAGAAGACCUCCCUUUUGCUAUUUUGCUCGAAAAUCUCCCAGUGUCUACUGCGAAUAACAUAGCUCGGUUCCAUCGUCUACUGAAGAACCACCACUUACGGGGUCAAACUCGUGGCCUUCUCGUGCUAAUGUUCACUUCUAACAGCUCCUCCAAAGAAGGUCUACUCAAUGAGCGGGUCUUGUGUCCAGCUUCUCUGCGCAGUGAGCUAGGAGUGGCCCGAGUCGAAUUCAAUUCCGUUGCUCCCACUCUUGUAUUGAAAGCGCUCACACGAAUUUUGUUGAAUCGCGAGAUGGGAUGUGGCGCUCCACCCCGACUGUUACUUCAACAACUCUCGAACGAAUGUGCUGGUGACCUGAGAACCGCUAUUAACCAGCUGCAGUUUUUAGCAAAGUCCGGAGAAGAAACUCAUGUGAAGCGGCCAACCUGCAAUGUUGCUAGUGAGUAUCCUUCGUUGCCCUCGCAUUUGGAACAGUGGAAACGAUUUCCACUGUCGUUUGACGUUGAGGAAAUACUCGACCAGUGCCAAACGGACGGUGACAAUUUGGUCUCCUGGUUGCACGAAAACUAUCUGGAUUUCACCCCCCACAUGAGUGCUACUCGUUGGUCCUCCGAUGGACUGAGUUGGUCGGAUGCAUUUCUGUCAGGUGGAAUGAAUUGGCGUCUUGGACUGACCGCUGCGGCCGAUUGGAAUAGUGACAGGUCCUCAGGGGGCAACAGCACAAUAGGAGCCAGCCGACACUACUCGGCCCUAGUUACUUCGCGCACUUUGCUAUUGGCACGUGAUAUGCCAGAUCGAGAUUCCGGAGGAAGAAACAAAAUCCCAAGGGUGAAUCAGUCCCGAGGAUUUCAUCCUUUCCGAUCUCCCACGUUACAGACUUAUUGGCGAUCGGCAACCGAUAAGCUGGAUUGCGUAGUUGAUAUCCUCCGUAAUCGAUACCAUACAUCUGAUGUGAAUUUGGCUUUGAAGGUGAUAUCUGGCCGACGAAAUCUGUUGCUCGAUCUUAUCAGUUUGGGUCUCAAAACACCUAUCCUGAAGAGCGUGUUGUCUUCAGAGGAUUUCGGCCUCUUCUCUGGAUUCUGUGCAUUUCGUAAAACCAUCAGUCUUUCCAAACCACCUACCGCUGACCGAGUCAACAAACUGGCCAAAGUGGACAUCGAGAAUGGGGAUCAAACGUGCUGGAUGUGUCCGCAGGAUGCAGCACUUGAGGGAGAGUUGUUACCCAUUGAGGAAGAUGACUCAGACGAAUCUGGCGGCCGUGGUCGUUGACCCAUCUGCGUGUGGACACUCUCUGUUGGAGUUUAAGAUUUUACUUUUGCUACGAACUGUUUUAUCUCUCAUAAAUAUUGAUUCACCUGACCUUCUCCUUGACCCCUUCACCAAGUGUCAGGUGGUCGACCAUCAGCAAUAUCGUCGUUCAGUUGUUUGUUCUUUUCAGCCACUGAUUUACUGUGAGGGACACAAGGAAAGCAGGCCAGAUAAUUGAGGAAGCGCGGUGUAUUUCUGUUGUGUAAUGGCCUCCUGUGGGUCUUUUGCAAGCGUAAGCGUCG